AUGAAAACCUUCUGUACCACUUCUCCAUUAGAUGCCCAAAAAAGAUGCUAUGACAAUGAAUAUCCUUCCAUGUUAGAAAUUGGUAAUCGGGAAUUGACAUUACCACCAGAAGUUUCCCUAACUCAUUCCCAGCCAGUUGUGAAUGUUGAAGAGGUCAGACGGGAAGAAAGUAGCAAUCUGGAGGACGAAUAUGAAUCCGAUGUCGACUCUGACAUCGACUACGGCAAUGCUGAUGAUGAGGCUUCCGAUGCUGGAGAGGACGGGCCCAAAGACAGCGAAUCAACUCUUGAAGAUCUCUUAGCAAGUCCAUUGGAUCGUAGUAAACAUGCUAAUUCAAAAAAGCUUAAAGCUCUGACCAAAAAGCGGUGGACAACGCGGUUGCGACGUGAUGAAGGUCGUCGCGGGGACAAGCUGCGCACGAGAAGCUGCAUAUUCAAAUCCACCCGUCCACGGGCCGGAUCGGCUCGGAUCGGAGUGAUCCUUAUUCUGCUCGGGUCAGACUGCAAGUUGACAGGCAAACAGAAACAAUCGAACCCGAUAUCGAUAACAAGGUCGCGCGCAGUCGUAAAUCCAACACUCCCAGGGACAGGGCCAACAAAACUCGACCCCCGAUUGAUUACUGCACUUCGACCAGCCAUGACAGCAAAGAUACUCCAGUUCGUCCCGUUCAACUCAUCAAUCGAUCCGGCCUUUUGGCAUUCACUCACUCAACUGAAAAUCGACAUCCUCAAGCUUGGAGACGAGCCGGUACCGAUCCAAGGAUGGUACGAACGUGGUAGAUGGACCGUUGAACGAGACCAGAGCUCGAAAGUGAUCAAUCAAGUUGGCUUUGGAAAUGAAUUCAGAGUUGAUGGCAAGUCCCUCUCAUCCGAUCAAGACGAUCAUCAUCCCCAGACGAGUUCCACGACAGGUCGGGUGGCUGUAUGGGGAAUGUUGAAGAACUUCAACACGAUCGAAGAAUUCAAAGCAUGCGACAAACAAAGCUUAUUCAAUUCGUUUUCAGAUCAACUCUGGAAAAACAAGGUAGAGAAGAAGAAGGUUCCAGCGGAGGACAAAUCACCGGAAUUUCUUCUGAUCACGUUUUCAGACCUGAAGAAAUACAAGUAUUACUAUUGGUUUGCGUUCCCGGCAUUUCUUUCGAAGCCAUCGUGGACCGUGCUCUUAGAUGAUCAAGACGAACAUGACGGGGACUGGCCUAUAUUACCUCUCGAAGACACACUCGAACUGAACAGCUUAAUACUCCAAAAUAACUACGAUCAUCACUGUUGGAUUGGCAAACGUGAUCCAGCAUCGAAGCAAUGGUCUCUCGGCCCGCUCUCUCAAUGGACUGAAUUCUUUCAAAAGGUAGAAGAAGAAAACCGAUACCUGAUCUUCAUUGAUCCUGCUGUCCACCCUCAAGCAACUGGAUGGCCGCUACGUAAUCUAUUAGCCCAUCUGCAGGCACAUCACGGAAAUCAAGCGCGAAAGUUCAAACUGAUUGGCUAUCGAGAUCCGUUAGCAGAGAAACAAUCACUUGCGGUUGCGCGAAGCGUUGUAGUGACGAUCGAAUUGCCUGAACAAGAAAGUACACAAGGUCGCCCAGCCGCAGUUGGAUGGGAGAAGAAUGCGGCUGGUAAGCUCGGUCCUCGGAUGGCAGAUCUCGCACCAAUGAUGGAUCCCACCAGAUUAGCGGAACAAGCUGUUGAUCUCAAUUUAAAACUUAUGAGAUGGAGAAUUUUACCUGACUUAAACCUAGAGAAGAUAUCUUCUACUCGUUGUCUACUCUUGGGUGCCGGAACCUUAGGCUGCUACGUUGCCCGAACGCUCGUCGCCUGGGGAGUUCGAAAAGUGACUUUUGUAGACUCGGCUAAAGUGUCCUUCUCCAAUCCAGUUCGUCAACCUUUAUUCGAAUUUCAGGAUUGUCUCGAAGGAGGUAAACCAAAAGCUGCGUGUGCUUCAGCCGCGCUGAAACGGAUCUAUCCCGGUCUCGAAACCGAAGGGAUAGAGCUUCCAAUCCCUAUGCCAGGGCAUCCAAUCCCACCAAAUCUAGUCGAACAAACCAAGGCCCAGGUGGCCCAGUUAGAGAAAUUAUUCGAUGGUCAUGAUGUGGUAUAUCUGUUGAUGGAUUCCCGCGAAAGUCGAUGGCUCCCCACCCUGCUUGGGGCCAGCAAAAGAAAGUUGGUCAUCAAUGCCGCAUUAGGUUUUGAUUCCUAUCUAGUCAUGCGACAUGGCGUCCGAUCAUCAUCAUCUCAAUCUCCAGCCCCAGUGGCCGACGACAAACCUUCUGGUUCGGUACUACCACAGAUCCGACAAUUGGGCUGUUACUUUUGUAACGACGUUGUAGCUCCUUCUGACUCUUUGACCGAUCGAACUCUCGAUCAAAUGUGUACAGUGACUAGGCCAGGCUUGGCUCCGAUUGCCAGUGCGACUGCGGUAGAAAUGAUGGCAUCGGUACUCCAACAUCCACAAGGGGUUGAAGUGCUGGCUGAAGUGAUCGAUAAGAGUCGAUCAAAAGAAGAAGAAGCAGCAGGUAGACCUGCAUCCAUCCAAGAGUCUGUGCUCGGAUUGGUGCCUCAUCAAAUUCGAGGCUUCUUGGCCAAAUUUGAGAACCUCAAAUUGGUCGGACCUGCAUAUGAUAAAUGCACCGGAUGUAGCCACAAAGUGAUCAACGAAUACGAGAAGUCGAAGUUUUCGAUGUUGUUGCAAGCCUUUAACGAUCCCAAGUACCUAGAAAACUUGACUGGCUUGAGUCAAUUGUAUGAAGAUAGUCAGCAAGUGAACAUGGAAAGUCUUGAAUGGGACGAUGACGAAGAUAAUGAAUAA